GACACGCAGAUCGGGUAGCGACAACCGUACUUUAGAGUGAGUCGCCUGUAGAUGACUUACUUAGGUAUGACGUAUCCGAAGCUUUUCGAAUUAUAAAAAAAAUGUGUUCACGUCUGCACGACACGCGGUGAGCUUGAACAGCACGGGACUGCUGAGAGCACUCGGGAACUUCUGCGAAGACGGAAAAGUGAAGCAACUAACUAAGCCGAAGAAGCGGACUGCACCACUAUUUGUCUGGACGAUUACAGGGGCCUCUCUUCCAAAUAAUAUUUUCAGGCUUUGACAUACGUAAUGUCCUUUAGACCAAAGUUGUGAAUGUGCAAAGGAAGAGGAGGCACUUGCAUAAGAAACAGACCAGAGGGAUCAUGUCUUCAUCCAAAGAUGAUGUCAUGGAGCAAAGACUGGCCCACAUCAAGAAAGAGGAUAAUGAGUGGGGCUUAGCCCACCUUGCACCACUGAAAGACUAUGAGAAGAGAAUUUCGGUUUUCAAAGAGGAAUCUGAAGAGACAAUGUUUGGCAUUAAAACAGAAGAUUCCAAACAGGUCUCUGUUAGCCAUGAAAAAAAACCUGAAGAUGAGUCUUCAGGGAAUGGUUUCAGUUUACUGGUGUGUUCAGAACCUUUGAAAGAGAGGAGUUGUCCUGUCUCGGUAGCCCCUACACAAUACACUUCAUCAGACCGUUGUGACAAACGGAGUCCUAAAUCACCAGACUUGGAGGUUGAAAUUCCUGACAGGACAUGUUACAAGAGAGAAAUUGCAGAACAGUCAACUGAAAAGCACCUUGGAACAUCAGAAGAAAGCGACAACUUCUCCCCACCUUCAUUUGCUCAGACAUUCCUCCAUUGCAGACCACAACAGAAACAGUAUGAUGAACAUAGCAAAGAAUUAAAACCUGGACCAGAGAUCUUAAAACUGACCUCUCUGCCAUUUAGUUCUUUUCAUAUUGUCAGCUUAUCAGGAAUAGAUGCUGUUAGCAGUAAACCGGAGCAAAGUAUCAGUUCAAUAGACUUUUAUAUCUGCCAAGAGUGUGGGAGCAGUUUUAAGCGCAAAUCUAAUUAUAAGCAUCAUCAGAAGAUUCAUAUGAGGAAAACUCCAUGCUGCUGUUCAGAAUGUGGUAAACAAUUUGCAAGCAUCCGGAGUCUACAUUUACAUAAAAGAAUUCACACUGUGGAGAAACCUCAUUGUUGUACUGAGUGUGGCAAAAGGUUUUCACAGAUAUGGCUACUUGAAAGCCACACUAAAAUCCACACUCGGGGGAAGCCUCAUUGCUGUUCUGAAUGUGGCAAACAAUUCUCACAAGUAGGCCAUCUCCAGAUACACACAAGAGUUCAUACUGGAGAAAAACCCCAUUGCUGUUCUGAAUGUGGGAAACGAUUCUCACAAAUAAACAGUCUGCACGUACACUCAAGAAUUCACACUGGUGAAAAACCUUACUGUUGUUCUGAAUGUGGUAAAAGAUUUUCACACAGUAGCAUUCUUCGUAGACACACACAAAGUCAUACUGGAGAGAAGCCAUACUCUUGUUCAGAGUGUGGCAAUAAAUUUUCCACUAGUCACAAUCUUCGGAAGCAUAUGAGAAUUCACACUGGGGAGAAGCCAUACUGCUGUUCCGACUGUGGAAAACAAUUCACCACCAGCACCAGCCUACGGAGCCACACGAGAAUUCAUACUGGAGAGAAACCAUAUUGCUGUUUUGAAUGUGGCAAAAGAUUUUCACGCACAAGCGAACUUCGUAAACAUUCAAGGAUUCACACUGGAGAAAAACCUCAUCAUUGCUCAGAAUGUGGCAAGCAAUAUUCAGAUGCAAGAAGCCUUCAGAGCCAUGUAAAAAUUCAUACUGGAGAGAAGCCUCAUUGCUGUACAGAAUGUGGAAAACGAUUCUUACACAAAAGCAGCCUUCAGAGCCAUUUAAAAAUUCAUAUUCCUUUAAAAAAACUCAACCUAGAAUUUCAAAGGAGUGAGGGGAACGUUUUUAAAAAUAUAUAGUCAAGCAGAAAGAAACAGUAGAAAAGACUAUGAAUUUUAAGGAACGUAUCAUGCAGAGUUAAUGCAGCCUCUAGUGUAUCACCACUGGCAACUUAGAAGAGAUGUGUCUAAAUUUACCAGUGGAAGUUAUUGAUCUGUGCUUGAGGAAGUUCAAAGCAUAAAUGGAAAAUGGCCAAGCAGAAAGUAUUGAUUUUUGCUGGGCUUAUCGAGAUUCUGUCAUCUAGUGAUGUAUCUACACUAAAAUUUUGACUUUGGUAUCAAUACCAGCUUUCUUGACUGAAGUACCAGUACAGAAACGGUACUAAAGCCAAUAACACAAUUUCCCAUAACCACAUCCAAUCAUCACCAAAUAAUUGGGUUGCGCUCAGUAAGCUAGCUGAUGCACUGCACAAACAUGAUACACCUGUUGUGCCUCCCUACUUUGGCUACAAGUCAUAGAUUCCUUUUGAAUUUUCCAGCGCAUCAAAAUUUGCUAUUCCCACAGAGUCCACAGCAAGUUGAACGGAAAAAAUUGAAAGGUAAGGUACUUUGUACAUCGCAGGGUCUAAAGCAUGUAGAAGAGGUGGGGGUGGUUUAGGAAGAUUGCCCCACAUUGAGCCUAAAGCACAUCUCUUUAGCUUGGCACAAGGCAUGGCUUCCCUUUAAAUUCACUAGUGCAGGGGAUCUGAAAACUUUUUAAUCUGAGGACCCAAAUAAGAGCAUCAGUACUGUACUGGGACUCAUGAAGAAUAUUAUUAUCAUAAUGACAACAAAGUCAUAAAGAGGCUCAGAACAGUGGUCAUAUAAUUAAAGAAGUAAAAUUUUUAUUCCUUUCUGGCAUAUUUCUCACAUGAAUAUUACUAAAAGAGAAAAGCGGGAAACAAACAGUGUUAAAACAAUACUCCAUCCACUCAAACCUGCUUAUCCUAUGCAGUGUCGUGGGGCAACAAGUGCCUCUCCAACCAAGCAUAGCGCCCAAGGCAGGAAUAAACCCUUGAACAGGAUGCCAGCUCAUCGCAGGGUGAACACAAACACAAACAAGCUCACACCAUGGGCCAAUUUAGUAUUGCCAAGUCAACUAACGUGCAUUUAACAAACACAUCCUUCAUUAUAUCGGGUGAUGGUCAUUUAUAUCAGACCACUUUCAUACAGUGUGAGGAGAAGGCAUUCUUCCUCGCCAAGGCAUGCAUGUUUGCACCUCUGUCACAGAUUUGGAUUCAAUGUAUUGUAUGUCAUAACAGCGAACGUACAAUGAGCCAUGAGGAAUUGUUCAUUGCCACUGCCACUGCAUUUUGUACCUGCAUGGCACUAUUAUAUAUACUCUCACCCAAGUCACUCGCUCUUCAUCACAUCCUUGUUCUGCACAUUUUCAUUUUUACAACUCAUUCUAGCACCGCACUACUGUAUCUUCACCUCAUGAGCUCGUCUCUCAGUUCCUCUUCUCUCUCUCUUUCUUAUGCUUGUCUUUGCUGUCAGUCUUUUCAGAGUGACCGUUUAAUAGGUUGCACUGGAGAGGAGCCAUAUUCUUCUUCAGAAUGUGGCAAUAAAUUCUCCACUAGUCACAAUUUUCGGGAAGCAUACUAGAAUUCACACUGGAGAGAAGCCAUAUUGCUGUUCUGACUGUGGGAAACAAUUCACCAUCAGCACCAGCCUACGAAUCCACCAAGGAAUUCGUACUGGAGAGAAAUCAUAUUGCCAUUUUGAACAUGGCAAAAGACUUAUGAAGCAGCGAUAUUUUAGAAACGUCCAAGAAUUCUCUCUGUGAUGCAUCAGUGGCGUUGUUUCACAUACUGCUGCAAUAAAGAAGCACAGUAAAUAGCAGCAGGCAUAUCAUUGGCACAGAAUUCACACCUGGAUGAACUGUGGCAACCCAUCACAAACAUUCGUGACCCAUAGUUUAAGAAACACUGGUCUAGUGCAUUGAAAGGGGCACAGCUGGGGUGUGUCGAUGAGCGGAAGAAAUCAGAGCUGGACAUGUAACUCUACUGUCAUCCACUGAGUUGCAGUGUACUGAUGGCCAGUAAUAUGUCCAUAAGACAGCAAACGUCAGGCUCAUCCUUUUUAAUUUGUUUUUAAUUUUCUAAUAUUCCAGGGAAUGCAAAAAUUUAGAAGCACACUUCAGAAAGAAUAAGAGAAUAAAAAGAGAUAUUUGUUGAAUGGAAUAUUACAAUUCCAUCUUGUACAGUCCAUUCAUGUGAUCGCACACAAACAUUCUGUUACAUCCCAUAUCCACCCCAGAUACAGAAUCUGCAAGCCAUAGAAUUGCAAAGUUAUGUUUGAGGGAGUAGGUGUUCAAAAUAAAUAUAACCCAGUUUUAACUGGAAGUUUUCCUGCUGCCAAAAUAUGCAACACACCUUGCUAUAGACUCUAAACCCCGCUUCUCUCACCCUUUGGAGUGGAGAGCGUACUUGAAAACAGGCACAUCUGAAGAAUGUCCAUCUUCAUGCCCAGAGAAAACUAACUCCUAUUUACUCUGGAUCACCAUUUCAGAUUUAUCUUUAAUGGCUAGGCUUCCACAUACAUGUGUCUCUCCUGCAUACAGCUGCCCUCCUCUGCCUCAACCCAUGAAUUGUACUAUCUUGUUGAAUUUUUGUCGCCUUGGUUUCUGUUUAUACAUUAUAACUGAUACUGUCCAGUUAACAGAUGGCUUUUUUCAUAGUGAAUUGUGAGUACAAUAAACGACAAAUUGCUUUCCCUGCCUGAGUAAUUCAUUAAGAGGAGUCUAACUGCAGCCUGUGUCAACCAACAUUACUCUGGACACUACUAUUCUGCUGUGACAGUGUGGGUCGGCCCCACACUACCAUGCUCCCACACAAAGAUGCAAGUGUGAUCACUAUUCAUUUGUUUCAUACAGCCACUUUCUGAGCCGUGGACCCACUA